AAGAAGGAGAUCCAACAUGGCGUCUACAAUAACAAACGUUCCGCUGCUGUUUUGCAUAGCUUCUUUUUCUUUGCAAAUCAGCUCCUCCAGCCUGUUAUCCGAGCCUUGUUAUAAACCCAUCACAGACGACAGACCAGACUCCGUCAAGACACGGCCCCGCCCACAUGAGUAUGUGAAGGUGUCGGACCUUCCUCCGUCCUGGGACUGGAGGAACAUCGAGGGGAAGAAUUAUGUGAGCGUCACACGGAACCAGCACAUCCCCCAGUACUGUGGGUCCUGCUGGGCCAUGGGAGCCACCAGUGCACUAGCCGACCGUAUCAACAUCAAGCGAGGAGGGGCGUGGCCGUCGGCCUACCUGUCAGUCCAGAACGUGAUAGACUGUGGGAGGGCGGGCUCGUGUUACGGAGGAGAUCACCUGAGAGUCUACGCCUACGCACACGAGAGAGGCAUUCCUGAUGAAACCUGCAACAACUACCAGGCCAAGAACCAAAAGUGUGAGCAGUUCAACCAGUGUGGCACCUGCUCCUUCUUCGAAUCGUGUGCCGUCGUGACGAACUACACGAUGUGGAAAGUGGGCGACUACGGAGAAGUUUCUGGAAGAGACGAGAUAAAAGCGGAGAUUUACACCAAUGGGCCCAUCAGUUGUGCCCUGAUGGCCACCGGCGGCCUGGAGGAAUACGCUGGAGGGAUCUUCUCAGAGUUUCACCCCCUGUCUUUGCCGAAUCACAUUGUCUCUGUGGCCGGUUGGGGUGUGGCGGAGGACGAGACCGAGUACUGGAUCGUCAGGAACUCCUGGGGAGAGUUUUGGGGAGAACACGGCUGGGCAAGAAUAGUCACCAGUGCCUAUAAAGGAGGAAAAGGCAAUUGGUUCAACCUGGGUAUUGAGAAGAACUGUGCAUAUGGAGACCCUGUUGUAACAUAGGUGUCUUAAUAAACUGAUAGAAAGACUUUAGUUUUGUCAUGGCUCUUUUUUUAAACAUUGAAACUAAUUUUGAUCAUUUGUAAAGGAAUUGUGUUAGGAAAUACAUUUAUUUUUUGUUAUUUGUGUUACAAAACAUUUCUUUGACAGAAGCAGUAACUUCCUGGAGUCUCAGCUGGUUGCUGGGCAAUUAGUUCAGCCCAUGAAUAACAAAUUAGAGGCAACAUAUUAAAUAGUGAACUUCAGAGGAUUUAGUUACCUUUGGACAGAGCCAGGCUAGCUGUUUCCCCUUGUUUCCAGUGA